GAAGUCCUGGGGACUGAAGUCCGGAAGUUCGGGAGGCUGUCCCCUAGUUCCCUCCCGCUAAUUCGGUGCGAGUCGGUUGGUGCCCGCGCAAGUGUGUCCCAAAGCUUUUCUAGUUCCGUCUCGCUGUGCUUCCCGUUCUCAUGUUCGUGCCCUGUGCGGGUCACUGUUCGCGGACCUGGAUCGGGCGUGUGCACUGUGCGGAGCGAGCAUAACGGGCCGCUCGUGGAGCUUGUUGGUAACUGAGGUCAGAGGGAGCCGGGUCUGCUGUGAGGUGAAGCCCAGGUUCCAGAGAUGUACAUGCAAGUGGAGACACGAACCAGCACCCGCCUCCAUCUGACGAGGGCUCCAGGCAUCCGGUCUUGGUCCCUGCUGGUCGGAAUAUUAUCCACUGGCCUGGCUGCUGCCUAUUAUAGUGGAGAUAGUCUGGGCUGGAAGCUCUUCUAUGUCACAGGCUGCCUGUUUGUGGCUGUACAGAACUUGGAGGAUUGGGAGGAAGCUAUUUUCAACAAGAGCACUGGGAAGGUCAUCUUAAAAACAUUCAGCCUCUACAAGAAGCUGCUGACUCUCCUAAGAGCAGGCCAUGACCAAGUGGUGGUCCUGCUGAAAGACAUCCAGGAUGUGAAUGUGGAGGAGGAAAAGGUCCGUUACUUUGGGAAGGGCUACACUGUGGUGCUCCGGUUUGCAACAGGCUUCUCCCAUCCCCUUACUCAGAGUGCAGUCAUGGGCCGACGCAGUGAUGUGGAAGCCAUUGCCAAACUCAUCACUAGCUUCUUGGAACUGCAUCGCCUGGAGAGCCCCUCAGAACGGUCACAAAGCAGCGACAGUGAAGCCGAUGGCCCUGGUGAUCAGAGCUGACAGUGUAGAGUGGCUGCUGGUAAAUGUCACCCCCUUCUGACAUGUCUCCAACUGACUUGCCAACUGUGAGCAUGCAGGCAGAUCUUGGACACCUGCCUAUGACUCCUUGGGCAAUUCUUGUGUGGACCACCUGCCUUUUGCUUGUUUAUGCUUCUACGCUUUGCAGAACCAUGGGCUGAUGUGCUCCACAACCCAGAAAGGCUGCAUCUGUCAUGAUGCAGGUGGGGGGAGCUACAUCCAGAGGAGGGCAGGGUCUCAGAACUCAGUGCCUUCUCCAGAGUCAGAUGGCAGUUCUGGCUUAGGCAGCACAGUCUGGUUUGGAUGAGCUCACCCAAGGGCAUCUGAGGUUUAAGACGCCAGUCUUUUCUUCAGCAUAGGCCCAGUGCCUGCCUUCAAGAGGCCUUGCCACCCAGGCUAUUGUAGUGAGAGUGAAACACCUACAUGCCUGUAAGGAGAACCCUCUCUCUGUGCAUAGUGGUGUCGACUUAUUGCUAUAAAUCCUGAUAUCUCUUCUCCCCACCCCUCCUCAAAAUGGACAUCCUUGGUGGUCAGGGGCUUCCCUGAAGGCAGCUCAGAAUGCUGGAUGCCUGGAUGCUGCCUGGCUGCAGAACUCUCAGAGAAAAGUGCUGCCGACUGCCCUGUUCCUGCCUAGACCACUUGUCUAAGGUCCCAGCAGUGUUGUAGCACAGCUGUUAGGAAGCUCUCCCAACCCAGCCUGGGGAGAAGCUGCUAGUGGAGGAAAGGCCACCUCUUCUGGCAUCCUGCAGCCUUUAAAACCUGGGAGCUCCUUUACAGAAAUUGAGUCUUAGCCUCUCAAGCCUUGAAAAGAAGGUAGACAUGUGAGGCACACCCCUGUAAAUCCCAGUUUUAAGUGAGGAAUGAAGAAAGUUCAAGGCCAGUGCAGGCCACUGCCUCUUCUAACAGAAGUUGGUACCUGCCACUGAUGGCUAUUUCCUGCUCUUCUAGUUCUCUUCUGGGCAGACUCAAGUCCCUCAAAAGUAGUGCUCAUGAAGUUUCCAGCUUGGCUUCCAGGCCUGAAAGCUGUGGACCUCUGGUUUGCACAUAACCCCCCAAAGCUGAGUACCUAUGCCUGGCCAGGUAGAACUGGGAAAUUGAGGAGUUAUAUAGACAAAGAAGUCAAGGCAGCCUUGAGGCCACUUUGCCUGGGCUGAGCAGGAGUAGUUAGCCAGAACCUAAACAGGUCUUCUCUGAAGUGACUGCUACCAGUUCUGACUUGGGGAACAUGAUCCCUUGAACUUGCUAAAGUGAGCUUUUUAAAUGGCCAAGUUAGACAUUUUUUUUUUCCAUAAAUGAAAAGUGGAAUACAGCUGUUGGCUUUUAGCUUGUUGCCUACAGACUUAAGGUACUUUAGACAAGGGAGAGGAGUCUCUCUCUUGGGUGCUGUCAAAUACCUUUCCUGUAUAUCCCAGUGCUGGGACUCAUUAUUGGUGAAGAAAUGAAGCCCUUUUCAUAAGCAAGGGGUAUGGUAAAAAGCUGAUUCAAGUUCCUGUUAGGAUUUCUGCUUCUACUGGUCUUUUUAUUUCAUAAUUAAUAAAGCUCUACAUGCAGAUUGCAAA